GGCUAGGCAGAUGACAGCAGUGUCUUCUCAGAGCUCUACUCUUGAGAUCUCCUCAGACUAGGGAAGGGACAUCAUGUGUGGAUUCAGCGAGAGUCAGGGAGGAGGGUGGGACAGAUCAGAGUCUGGGAUUUGUGGACAGGAGGAAACAGGUUGGGAGAAUCAUGACCACUGGCCAACUGUCAUUGUGUUCUGAGGAACAGAGUCCUCAGCCUGGCAUCACCAGGUCCUUAACUGGGGUGGUGGUGGAUGGGGAGAUCUCAGGACCAUCAGAACCAAGAGUGGAGGCCAUCCCCCAGCCUCCAUCCGCCAGCCCAAAGAGGAAGAGGGACUUGUCAUCGGAUUCUGAGGAUGACCUGGCAGAGCUUUGGGACCCUGAACCCGAGCCAGUGUGGUCAGUGGAGACACUGUGUGGGCUCAGGAUGAAGCUAAAGAGGCAGCGUGUGUCUACAGUGAGGCCUGAACACCAUGAGGUCUUCGCCAGGCUGCUGGAGGAUCCCGUGGUGAAAAAAUUCCUGGCCUGGGACAAGAUGCUGAGAGUGUCUGAUAAGUACCUCCUGUCUAUGGUCAUAGCUUAUUUCAGCCGUGCAGGGCUCUUCUCCUGGCAGUUUAGGCCAAUCCACUUCUUCCUGGCUCUGUACCUGGCCAAUGACAUGGAGGAGGACAACCAGGCCCCUAAACAAGACAUUUUUUACUUCCUCUAUGGGAAGAGCUAUGCCCAGCGCCCCAUGUUCCACAAACUGCGGUUCCAGCUCAUUCGGUCCAUGGGCUGGAGGAUCUGGGUAUCCCGGGAGGAGUGUGAAGAGAUCCAAGCUUACAACCCAGAGCUGUGGGUGUGGGCACGGGAUCGCACCAACCUUACUUAGAACCCUAGAGCCAUGGAGGCCUAAGACCAUUGGCCUGAGUUAGAUCCCUGUGCCUGAGGGAGACACUCUAUGCCAACAUUAAGGACUGCUGGGGGAAAGAAGAGAGGACUGCCUUGCACAGGAGACUAGAAGAACCCAGAUUCUUCUAGAAGGAGUGGAAUGGAAUCACCACACUGUGCUCCUCGGGGUGGGAACACAUGUAGGGGCUAUGGAGGGGAAAUGAGAAAUCAGGAUUCCUCCAGGGCCCAUUCUACUCAGCGGCACCAUCCAGAUGUUGUGCCUAAUGUCCUCAGUCCCAUCUCCCCGAGGUAGCUGCUGAAGGCCCAAUGGUUUCCUAGAAUUUGUCCCCACAAUCUCAGGCCAUUGAAGGAGGCACCUCAGGGCUCAGAUGAGGAAGGACCUACCUUCAAAAUAUAGUAUUUGAGCCAUAUAUUUGGAAUAGAAAGCUUUAAUAUAUUUCAUAUUUUUAUUGGAGUCUAUAAAUGUUUAUCAUAGAAUUAUUUAUUUCGAAUAGUUUUGAGAUAUUGUGGAUUGAAAGUAUGCAGUUAUUGCAGUUUUGUGAUGGAUGUUAAAACUUUCCUAUGUGUAAAUAUUCUCUAAGAGAAGAUUCAGGGUUUUUUAAUCUAUUUCUUUUGUUUUGAGACAGAGCCUCACUAGGUAGCCCUGCCUGACCUUGAACUUCCUUCAUGGACUAGACUGACCUCAAACUCAGAGAGACCCACCUGCUUCUGCCUCCUGAGUGCUGGGAUUAAAGGUGUGUGCCACCAUGCCUUGUGGGUUUUUAGAUUCUGCUUAUAGAUACUUGUUUCAUGGAAAUAUAAAUUCUUGUUUGAAAUUUACUCUUUAUUACUGAGUUGUGAACAAAUAAUGCUUAUUUAACUUCCUUUGAUCUAAAGAUGAUAUGUAUUUUGAAAUAGCACAUUUUUUAAUAAAUAUUCUUUUGUCAAUA